UGGUCUUUUUUCCAUUUUUUUAUUUUUAUUUCAGUUGGUGUGCGUUGAUGUUUCUAUGUGAAUAACAGUUCUAUCUUGUUAGGAUUUUUUUUCCUUAUCUUCAUAUUCUUAUUUACUUUAUGCAGAUUUCAAUUGGAAAUUAUUGUUUCAAGAUGUCUCCUAGUGGUCAAAAACGUGCUUGCCGAAGUGUUCCUCUGGAUAUACUCAGUAUCCUUCCUGAUAAAGCAAUUGAUAACAUUCUAAUGCGUUUGCCUUUACGAGAAGCUGUAAGGACUAGCAUCUUAGCUAAGACUUGGAGAUAUAUAAGGUGCAGGCUUCCACAGUUGGAACUUGAUGAAUCUCUUUGGAACCUUUCACAAAGUUCUGACCCUACUCCUAGAUUUAAAGACAUUGUUUAUCACCUUUUGACCCUUCACGAAGGACCAGUUACUAAGUUUACCCUCUCCACUCCUAAUCUUAAGAACUAUCCUAAGAUUGACAACCUGAUAUAUUUUCUCUCUAGAAAUGACAUUCAACAUCUUUCUCUUGAACUUCAGGUCCGGGCUGACAAAUACAAGUUGCCUUCUUCAAUUUUCACAUGUUUGCAGUUGAGGAAUUUGACUCUUCAGAAUUGCUUAAUGUCGCUUCCUCCACAAUCCUUCAAAGGAUUUGAUAAAUUAAUCAGCCUGGCAUUAUCUUACGUCAAAAUUCCUUCUAAAUUUCUCAAAAGUUUAAUUUCUAGUUGCCCGUUGCUUGAUAAGUUGGUGCUGGGAAUAUCAGAAAGUUCGUGUGUUACUGAAAUUAAUGCUCCCAUGCUGAAAUACUUUGAUUUCACUGGUGAUAUAAGUUGUAUCUGUUUGAAAACUAUUCCUCGUUUGUCUAAACUUUCACUUCGGUGUUGCGAAUAUCGUGAGAGGUCGGGAAAGUUUGAUAUUGCCAAGUUUUUUGAGCUAUUUGUGGUCUUGACUAUCUCCACUUGGAUAACCAUUGUGUCGAGGUAA